UGAUUUUAUACAUGUGAUCACUCCCUAGUGGUAUGAUCACCUACGUCAAUGUAUGUAUGCAUCAAUAAGCUGAGGUUACCUUAUAAGGCAACCUAGUACAGUAGCUUCUCUGAAUUUCUUAGAAUUGUCCUCUGUCACACAAGAUCAAAAUGUCAACCAGACGGUUACUUUUUUAUCUAGUUUCGGUGACCAACCUGCAAACCCACUCUGACAACAGCCAGGGCUUAACCACACAGACUAAUAUAGAUAGCUUGUGCAAUGUAUUGUGGGAGAGUUUUUAGACACAUAGCAACAGUAUAUUAUUAUAAGGCCUGCAGCAAAACAUAUGAAUCUUAAGGUCCCCUUAAUAAUGGGGAGGGUCUUUGGGACCCACCCCCUACAACGUCCUCAUUGAUGACAAGCGCGCUCUCGGUUGACAUGACAUCCUCCUUCAAGCGGGUGAAGAACUUGUUUAAUAAUUGACUGUAGAGAGGCACACCGUCAUCUGGGCAGGGAUAAAUACGUUGCCUCACUUUGAAGGGGGCAUUUGCCAUAUUCUUAAAGCUCAUCCAGGCAGUCUCCCUGUGACAUUAUCUGUUGCACCUUGUCCUGUACUGGAGAGACUCCCUGUGACAUUAUCUGUUGCACCUUGUCCUUGUACUGGAGAGACUCCCUGUGACAUUAUCUGUUGCACCUUAUCCUUUUACUGGAGUCUCCCUGUAACAUUAUCUGUUGCACCUUAUACUUGUAAAGGCAUCUCACCUUUUUUAUCAAUUUUUUCACCUCUGUACCUUUUCUCUUGUGUGGAUUUCCUGAGGCAAACACUUGAUUCUUCUUGUUAAUAAGCACCAACAAUUAGUUCACUGCUCAAUGCAAAUGCACAAAGACUGAUCUCUGUCUAAACUUCAAAUUCCAAAGUGUCAAGUCAACAUAAGUCUGCACAAGCACUUCAAUUCCACCACUCAAAUGACAGCCCAGUCUUCAAAGACAGUGCUGUCCCUGGACUCUGAGGCGGUGUUCUCACUCAAAGAUGGCAUCAACUUUAAGAAGAGCCCAGAUGAUGGCAAGUGCUACAUCAUAUACAAAGAAAAUGGAGAGCUGAAGGCCUGCAAGAACCAAUGCAAACACCAAGGAGGCCUGUUCAUCAAAGACAUAGAGGACUUAGAUGGAAGGACGGUCCAAUGUACAAAACACUACUGGAAGCUGAACGUCUCAACUAUGCAGUAUGUGAACCCUCCUGACAGCUUCACACAGGAUGAGCUGGACGUCGUGAUGACAGACGAGGGUGGUCUUCAGCUCGUGGAGGUGAUCGUCUGGGACCCCUGGUUGGCAGACCCCCAGGAUCCACAGGAACUGCAGGAGGGAGAGGUGACUGUGACCUACCUUACCCAUGCAUGUAUGGAGCUCCAGCUAGGGGGGAAGAAGAUGAUAUUCGACCCCUGGCUGACGGGUCCGGCCUUCGCCAGGGGCUGGUGGCUGCUCCAUGAGCCACCUGCUGACUCCAUGGAGAGGCUGUGCAUGGCCGACCUCAUCUACAUCAGCCACAUGCACUCCGACCACCUCAGCUACCCAACCUUAAAAUCCCUCUCUGCGACGAGACCCGAUGUUCCAAUUUAUGUUGGCGACACAUCAAGGCCAGUGUUCUGGAUGCUGGAGAAAAGGCAGGUGCAGCUGACAAAUAUCAACGUCGUUCCCUUUGGCAUUUGGCAAAACAUUGAUGAGCACCUCAGAUUCAUGAUUCUGAAGGAUGAAGUGCACCCUGAAUUGGACACCUGUAUCAUUGUUGAAUAUAAAGGUCAUAUGAUCCUCAACACGGUGGACUGCACCAGGCCAAACUACGGCCGACUGCCCCACAAUGUAGACCUGAUGAUGAGCGACUUUGCUGGAGGGGCGUCUGGCUUCCCCAUGACCUUCAGUGGAGGAAAAUACACAGAGAGCUGGAAAGCCGAUUUCAUCAAGAAUGAAAGGAAGAAGCUCAUGAACUACAAGGCCCAGCUGGUAAAAUCCUUGCAGCCCAAGAUCUACUGCCCGUUUGCCGGUUACUUUGUCGAAGCACAUCCCUCAGACAGGUACAUUAAGGAAACUAACACGAAAAACAAAGCGGAGGAGCUCAAUGCCCUGAUCAAGAAGAGCGCUCCAGGCAUAACAACAUGGACACCCAAGCCAGGCGCUGUGCUCGAUCUGGCCCUGGCUCUGAUGAGCCCCAGCCGGAAAGCCAUCACCGACCCUCCAUCCGGGACAAACAUCUAUAAGGACAGUUGGGACUUUGAUUUGUACGUGGAUGAACUGAACAGGGCCAUCACCGCUGAGAUAUUUAAACAUAAAAGCUGGAUCCAAUUUUAUUACAUCUGGGCAGGGUUUAAAAACUACAAUCUAGUUGUCCGGGUCAUAGAGACAGAUGAGGACUUCAUUCCGAUAGACAAUGGCUACAACUAUCUGGUGGACUUCAUGGAUCUGUCCUUCCCUACUCAGAGGCCCACUAGAGAGCACCCUUAUGAGGAGAUCAAAAACAGGAUCGGUGUCAUGAGACACGUGGUGAAGAAUGGCCUUCUUUGGGACGACCUGUACAUCGGCUUCCAGAACCGUCUGAGCAGAGAGCCAGACGUCUACCACCACCGGUUCUGGAACCACUUCCAGACAGAGUUGCCAGUCGCUGGGCCGGACUGGGACUUGUUCCUGCAGCAGGUGUCAUCAUACCAGAGGUCUGCUGAACCCCAGGGAAUCCAAACAGAAAGUGUCUCUGCUUCUACAUUGUCUUAGAAAAAAGCAGACUGUACUGUCUCAUGAGAACCAAGCUUUGUGCCUGCAUCUAUUAAUGAAUAGUAAUGAAUAAGAAGAGCUGCUCUCCCUGUCACUGUAGGCACCACCAACCUCCCUGUGCUACUGAAAAAGGGACGUGGCUGACAAGAUUUAAUUUCUGAAUUGGUUCAUUUAGGGUUCAUUUUCAAAUUGUUUUUUUCAUGUAAUGGUGAAAUCUGUUAGCAUUAGCGUCUAUUGUUGCUUGGCAGGUCUGUAUGUAGGGGACUAGUAACAAAAAGUAGGAAAAUAUAUGCACUCACUACUAUGUCGUUCUGGAUAAGAGCGUCUGCUAAAUUACUAACAUGUAGAAUAUGAAUAAACUUUAUCAUUGAU